AUGACCAUCGGCAACGGCAUCGCCAACGACGUCGUGAACAACGACAUCUAUGACGGGUCUUACCAACUGGUCAACAACACCGAUAUCGUAUCCGAAUGGCUUCACUCGCAACACGGGUCAGGCGGGGCAGCAGGCGUCGGGGGCCCGUCGACGCUCCGCGAUUGUGCCCCCACCACCGUAUGUCGUGGUGGUGGGCGCUCCGCCACACCGACCAGCCCGGACACGAUGGAAGCCAAGUUUAAGCGGCUGCAAUUUGAUGUCCACCGUGCCGUCGUGAAGCGUUCCAUGGAGGACAAGCGCGACAGUAUCUCGUACGCUCUGGUCUGCCCGAGCAGCUCGGGCGUGACCUCCGUCGAUUGCGGUGAUGUCGGCUGCAGCUGCACUACUCCGGGUGGCCACUUCGGAGGAUGCGACACGGGCUAUAGACUUGUGCCAGCAAAUGCUACUGCGAGGCCAUCGAGGGCACUGUAA